GUUCCUCUCCUCACUGCACGCUCUUGCCCCUCCUCUUUUCUCUCCUGCCCGUGUUCUUCCCGCCGCCUGACCUGGCCCGCCCCCCUUUCCAGUCUGGCCGGGCGGGGGCCUGAAGCACGGCGGCUCGGGCCGUGGGACCGUGGUCACACCCUUUCCAGAAAUUCUUGGCUGGUAACCGCGAAACCGACUGGAGCAGGAGCUGGGAGAACUGGAGAAAACUGCUCUAAUCUCACUUGACUCCAGCUAGGAGCUGAUGCUGCAUCGUAAUAACAUUUGCAGAGCGCUUUCACAGGCCCUGGAGUGACUUGUCUGAGAUUCCUCCAGAACUGAGCCCUUUGUUGGAACCAUACCCCAGCCCAUGGUCCCAUGACUAGGUGGAUAGUACUCCUUGUACCUCCUGCAACCCAGAACCCUGGCUGACCACUUUGAAGGAGGAUGCUCCAGCAGGUAAAACCUCAACCUUAGAUAACCCAGGCCCUCAAGCACCUGCAGCAUCUGUUGCUAGCCCUAACCUGGAAGGAAGGGAAAGCCCCCUUAAAGGUCUCUUUUCUCUCCUCAAAUUGUCUCUCCAGUGCCUUUUACUCAUCAUCAAGAAACUCUUCCUGAUACCUAAUUUGAAUCUGUCUUGUUUUUAGCUCCUUUCUUUGGGAUGGGUAAGGGAAUCCUUAGGGCACUUUGGGGAUUCUGCAGAGGAAGUCCUGAGAGAUGUCCCUGCCACCUGAAUUGUUGAGGCAUAGUAGAAGCCUGGGGCUUCCAAGAGGAUGUGUUCCUUGAAGCUAAGCCUUAAAGAACUAGAAAGAAUUAGCCACUUGGAGAAGGAAAAUAAGCACUCCAGGCAAAGAGGUCAGCCUGUGCAGAAAUGUAGGAGACUAUGAGGAAAUAUGGAAGGAUUCUAAUGAGUGGAUCAUGGGUUACAUGAUCCCCAUGUCUCUGCCUCUCUGUAAAGGCUACUGUUGCCCCAGGCCUGUAGGAUUCCAAAUCACCUUUUACAGUGGAGCUCUAUCUCAUACCCAUAUCAUCCUUCAUGUGUAACUCUUGGUCCUGAGAGAGUGCCAGUACUUAUUUGCUGACUUUUUAUUUUACCAAGUGUUGCCAGGCACUGGGCUGAGGCAGAUGUUGAGGUUGGUGCUUGCCCUCAAGGAGCUCAGAGUCUAGUGGAGUCUUGGGUAGGUAAGUGCCUGACCUCAGCAAGGUAGCAGCCAGGUGUGGGGCCUGCCAGCGUCAAGGGAGCCAUAGUAGACACUGCAGCUUGACCUUCCAGCCAUAUGGCUCCUGGAACAGGUUUGAAGGUAAGAAGUGGGCAAAACAGUUGACUGCUCUGGGCUUCUUCCUUGCUUAUUUUUAAACUUUUUUUUUCUCUUAUUAAAAAAAAAAAGAUAUAUCAAUACAAUGGAAUAAAGCAAGUUACAUAAAAAUAUAAUACUUUUCAAUGUUUUUAAAGUAUGUAGGGGAAAAAACCUAUGAUAUUCUCUAAAAUAUUGGUUAUUUCUGGGUAGUAUGAUUAUGGAUUUUUAUGCUCCUUUUGCUUAUCUCUAUUUUCCAAUUUUUUUUUUUUUUUUUUUUUGAGAUGGAGUCUCACCCUGUCAUCCAGGCUGGAGUGUAGUGGCUUGAUCUUGGCUCACUGCAACCUCCGCCUCCCAGGUUCAUGCUAUUCUCCUGCCUCAGCCUCCUGAGUAGUUGGCACUACUGGCGCCGGCCACCACGCCUGGCUAAUUUUUUGUAUUUUUUAGUAGAGAUGGGGUUUCACCGUGUUAGCCAGGAUGGUCUCGAUCUCCUGACCUCGUGAUCCACCCACCUCGGCCUCCCAAAGUGCUGGGACUACAGGCGUGAGCCACCGCGCCCGGCCUCCAAAUUUUUUUUAAUAAUUUUUGUUUAUUUAUUUAUUUUUAUUUUAGAGAUGGAGUCUCACUCUGUUGACAAGGCUGGUCUCAAACUCCUGACCUCAGGUGAUCCAUCCGCCUCAGCCUCCCAAAGUGCUUUUACAGGGGUCAAUGGCCACAAUCCGGGGUCUGAUGGCCAAGCCAGGGAGUACCUCAGAGAAGACCUGCAGGAGUUCCUGGGUGGGGAGGUCCUGCUGUACAAGCUGGAUGACCUCACCAGGGUGAAUCCUGUGACACUAGAGACAGUCCUGAGGUGCCUGCAGGCCCGGUACAUGGCAGACACAUUCUACACCAAUGCUGGCUGCACCCUGGUAGCCUUGAACCCCUUCAAGCCUGUUCCUCAGCUCUACUCGCCCGAGCUAAUGAGAGAGUACCAUGCUGCGCCUCAGCCCCAGAAGCUGAAGCCCCAUGUGUUCACUGUGGGUGAACAGACCUACAGGAAUGUCAAGAGCCUGAUUGAACCAGUCAACCAGUCUAUUGUUGUCAGUGGAGAGAGUGGUGCUGGAAAGACAUGGACGUCUCGCUGCCUAAUGAAGUUCUAUGCUGUGGUGGCCGCCUCACCUGCAUCUUGGGAGAGCCACAAGAUUGCAGAGAGGAUAGAACAGAGGAUCCUGAACUCCAACCCUGUCAUGGAAGCUUUUGGGAAUGCGUGUACACUGAGGAAUAACAACAGCAGUCGCUUUGGGAAGUUCAUCCAGCUGCAGCUGAACAGGGCUCAGCAAAUGACUGGAGCCGCAGUCCAGACCUACCUCCUAGAGAAAACUCGAGUGGCCUGCCAGGCUUCCAGUGAGAGGAACUUCCACAUCUUCUAUCAGAUUUGCAAAGGAGCCAGUGAGGACGAGAGGCUCCAGUGGCACCUUCCUGAGGGAGCUGCCUUCUCCUGGCUGCCCAACCCAGAGAGGAGCUUAGAAGAGGAUUGUUUUGAGGUGACCAGAGAGGCCAUGCUCCAUUUGGGCAUUGACACCCCUACCCAGAACAACAUCUUUAAGGUCCUAGCUGGACUGCUGCACCUUGGCAAUAUCCAGUUUGCUGCCUCCGAGGAUGAAGCCCAGCCCUGCCAGCCGAUGGAUGAUGCCAAGUACUCUGUCAGGACGGCAGCCUCGCUGCUGGGGCUCCCAGAGGACGUGCUGCUGGAGAUGGUGCAGAUUAGAACCAUCAGGGCAGGCAGACAGCAGCAGGUGUUCCGGAAGCCCUGCCCGCGAGCCGAGUGUGACACCCGUAGAGACUGCCUGGCCAAACUGAUCUAUGCACGGUUGUUUGACUGGCUGGUAUCAGUGAUCAACAGCAGCAUCUGUGCGGACACCGACUCGUGGACCACUUUCAUAGGCCUGCUGGAUGUGUAUGGAUUUGAAUCAUUUCCUGACAACAGUCUGGAACAGUUGUGCAUCAACUAUGCCAAUGAGAAGCUGCAGCAGCAUUUUGUGGCUCACUACCUAAGGGCCCAGCAGGAGGAAUACGCAGUUGAGGGCCUGGAGUGGUCAUUCGUCAACUACCAGGACAACCAGCCCUGUUUGGAUCUCAUUGAGGGAAGCCCCAUCAGCAUCUGCUCCCUCAUAAAUGAGGAAUGCCGCCUCAAUCGACCCAGCAGCGCAGCCCAGCUCCAGACACGCAUUGAGACUGCCCUGGCAGGCAGCCCCUGCCUGGGCCACAAUAAGCUCAGCCGGGAGCCCAGCUUCAUUGUGGUGCAUUAUGCGGGGCCUGUGCGGUACCACACAGCAGGCCUGGUGGAGAAGAACAAGGAUCCUAUCCCACCUGAGCUGACUAGGCUCCUGCAGCAAUCCCAGGACCCCCUGCUCAUGGGGCUGUUUCCUACUAACCCCAAAGAGAAGACCCAGGAGGAACCCCCUGGCCAGAGCAGGGCCCCUGUGUUGACCGUGGUGUCCAGGUUCAAGGCCUCACUGGAGCAGCUUCUGCAGGUCCUACACAGCACCACGCCCCACUACAUUCGCUGCAUCAAGCCCAACAGCCAGGGCCAGGCGCAGACCUUCCUCCAAGAGGAGGUCCUGAGCCAGCUGGAGGCCUGUGGCCUCGUGGAGACCAUCCAUGUCAGUGCUGCUGGCUUCCCCAUCCGGGUCUCUCACCGAAACUUUGUAGAACGAUACAAGUUACUAAGAAGGCUUCAUCCUCGCACAUCCUCUGGCCCCGACAGCCCAUAUCCUGCCAAAGGGCUCCCUGAACGGUGUCCACACAGCGAGGAAGCCAUGCUUGAACCUCUCAUCCAGGACAUUCUCCACACUCUGCCGGUCCUAACUCAGGCAGCAGCCAUAACUGGUGACUCGGCUGAGGCCAUGCCAGCCCCCAUGCACUGUGGCAGGACCAAGGUGUUCAUGACUGACUCCAUGCUGGAGCUUCUGGAAUGUGGGCGUGCCCGGGUGCUGGAGCAGUGUGCCCGCUGCAUCCAGGGUGGCUGGAGGCGACACCGGCACCGAGAGCAGGAGCGGCAGCGGCGGGCCGUCAUGCUCAUCCAGGCAGCCAUUCGUUCCUGGUUAACUCGGAAACACAUCCAGAGGCUGCAUGCAGCUGCCACAGUCAUCAAGCGUGCAUGGCAGAAGUGGAGAAUCAGAAUGGCCUGCCUUGCUGCUAAAGAGCUGGAUGGUGUGGAAGAAAAACACUUCUCUCAAGCUCCCUGUUCCCUGAGCACCUCGCCGCUGCAGACCAGGCUCCUGGAGGCAAUAAUCCGCCUCUGGCCCCUGGGACUGGUCCUGGCCAACACGGCUAUGGGUGUAGGCAGCUUUCAGAGGAAAUUAGUGGUCUGGGCUUGCCUCCAGCUCCCCAGGGGCAGCCCCAGUAGCUACACUGUCCAGACAGCACAAGACCAGGCUGGUGUCACGUCCAUCCGAGCGCUGCCUCAGGGAUCAAUAAAGUUUCACUGCAGAAAGUCUCCACUGCGGUAUGCUGACAUCUGCCCUGAACCUUCGCCCUACAGCAUUACAGGCUUUAAUCAGAUUCUGCUAGAAAGACACAGGCUGAUCCACGUGACCUCUUCUGCCUUCACUGGGCUGGGGUGAUCCUUGGUGCCUUUGUUUCCACAAGGCCUUUUCCUGCCCCCUGCCUUACCAAAGACAUUUAAUCAGCACACAGCUGCCAGACUAUUCCCACAGUGCUCCAAAUGCAUGUGAACAACAGUGACGGCUCCAGCCUUCGACCCAGAGCCCCGUGCCCAGUGCGUCAGUGGGCCUGGGGUUCCAGGCUACAUCAAGCACUGAUGGUGUCAGGGCUGGUAGUUACCAAACCAGGGUUAAGAAACAUCAGGGCCACAUUUCACUACCUUGACAGAUCAAACUCAGCAGCAGUCAUGACUGUCUGUCACUACAUUGGGGAUCCCAAUUCCACAUAAGCACUUUUGGAAGAAAACAGCCAAAGUUGGCCUAGAAUUGGCGCUGGAAUUUGGGCUGGGAAAAAUCUUGUGGUUAUUUCCUUUAAAAAGGAACAAAACUUUAGUAUUUAAUUAGUUGAUUUAUUUAAUGUAAUUUCAAAAAAUUAAAUUAUGAAUAAUGCAAUGUACAGCAGAAUCACGUUUUGAUUUUAUUAACACUGACCAAGUUUAACUCCAUAUGAAGUGUAAGCUUGAUAUCGUUUAUGAUGUCUAUCAACUGUACCAAAAGUAAAACAUUUAAAAACAA